CUUUAGAAUAGACAGAGAAUAGACAGUCUAGAUUUUUGGGACCCUGGGACCCUUUCAAUUGUAGAAGAGACAUGACCGGCUCCGAUUUAACGCAUCAGCUGCGUUCUGCUGUCCCCUCGCAGGCGUACAAGGGAUUAAUCGACUCGGUACUGCCGACCUUGAUCAACAGCAUCUCAGACAUUGCCAAAUCGCUCAGGACGUCACAUUAUGUCUCCCAGGCGGGCAGCGCGAAUGCUUUUGGCGAUGAUCAAUUGAAUGUGGACGUAUUAGCUGAGAACAGCAUCCGAGACGCCAUUUCGCGCAGUCCUUUUGUCGUGACCGCCAGCAGCGAGGAGGACCCGGUCGAACGCCAAGUAGUUCAAAUCCAGGAAGAAGCCGAGGCCGGCGAUAUACCCGAGGAGAACUAUACGGUUGCGUUUGACCCUCUGGAUGGCAGCUCUAUAAUAGCACCAAAUUGGACUGUCGGUACAAUCAUUGGUGUGUGGCAAGGGAAGACAGCACUCGGCCAACCACCCGCAAGCAAAUUGGUGGCCUCUGUGCUCGGCGUCUACGGACCUCGUACUACAGUUAUUAUUGCCCUGCGCGUCCCGGGCUCCGAACCAGCAUGUCUCGAACUGGGAAUCGGCGAAAACGGAGUCCGUGAUGGUGAAGUCGAAGUCAUCCAGUCAGCCGUUCGACUAUCAGAGUCGCCUUAUAAAACCCGUUACUUCGCCCCCGCAAAUCUCCGCGCAGCGGCGGAUGACGAGAAGUAUGCGCGUCUUAUCACGCACUAUAUCCAGAACAAAUACACGCUGCGGUAUAGCGGCGGGCUUGUUCCGGACGUAGUCCACGCGCUCGUCAAGGGCCACGGAAUUUAUAUAUCGCCCGUGACUUCGACUAGCAAGGCUAAAUUGCGACGUCUAUAUGAACUGUUCCCUCUCGCGCUGAUAAUCGAGUGUGCUGGCGGGACCGCGAUCGACCCGGCUGACGGGACGAACAUACUAGAAAGACCUCUAGGGGACCUGAACGAAACUGCCGGACUAAUCUGCGGGACGGCCGAGGAGGUAGAAUUCGCGAAGAAGAUUCUCCUCGACUAACUAAUGGCCAUUGUUGAAGAAUUCAGAAAGCAAGCUGGGCGGACUAACCACGUUGGUUACACAUUAGGGGGUCUGAUAGAAUCUGCGAUUUAGAUUUAGAUAAAUACUCUUAGAAACUCAACUAGAGCCAUGAUAGCC